UUUAGUUACAAUGAUAUUCUAUAAACAUAUUUAUUCGAAUGUAAAUAUGACAUUCUUGGAUUUAUUUUACCAUCCCUAUUUUAUAUUGUUGACAUUUUGUGUGGAAUCUUGUUGGCGUAAAAAAUCUUAUACAGAGAUUAUUUUUUAAAACAUCUCUUGGUUAAAUUGGUCUUAUUAUGACACAAGAAAUAAAAGAACUUUGCCACCUUUUAUUCCCCGAAUCCAGUACAGAAAAUGAUGAAUAUUUUGCUGAUGUUACUGACUACAUUAAGAAGUUGGGCUCCCAGAAUUGGGAAUAUAUACGUAAGGAACCGGAAAGGCUGACGGAAGAGAUGAAACAAUUAACGGAACAAACGCAAGAGUUGGCGUUCACCAACUAUAAAACCUUUGUCGAAACCGCCGAGAUCUCGCGCACGAUAAUAAAGGACUUGGAUAAAUCUAAACAGUCAUUAAAUACAUUAGACUCGACCCCUGACUUCUUGCAGGAGUGUGAUAAAUUUUCACAAAUGGUUGGAAGUAUUGUGAAAGAGAAAAGUCGCUAUAGCGCCAUCCGCAAUCAAAGUGAUAAGUUAUUGGAGCUGCUUGAGUUGCCUUCGUUGAUGAGAGAAGCUCUAAAUGCAGAAGACUAUGAUAGUGCUUUGGAUAUUUUUACAUUCGUCCGUAACUUAUCUAAGAGAUAUGUAGAGAUUCCAAUAGUACAGAAUACUACUCAAGAAAUAAUGACUUUGUGGUUUGAAACUCUUUAUCAACUGUUUAAUCAGUUGCGAUAUGAUUUACCAUUGCCACAAUGUUUGCAGAUUCUGGGCUAUCUACGAAGAGCCAACACAGUGUACAAAUCUACAUGUGAAGAUGACAGUAACUUGCAAUACACCAAUGGGAACAAAAAUGCCACAUCAGAUGGACUGCAUUUACACUUCUUAAAAGCGAGAAAUGCUUGGUUCGAAAAAGCUUUAGAUGAUGCUAAAACAUAGAAUUCAUCAGACCGUUUGUUAAGGAGAUAUGUAGAACUUCACAGAAUCCAUCUGUUCAAUGUGCUUACACAACAUAAGUCCAUAUUUUUGUCAGACACUCAGGAGUCGAAAGUCAGAGAUGACGAACUAAGUGGUACUAGUGCUUUAUCAUGCUGGUUGAAAUUGAAGGUGGAAUUAUUUGCUCAAAUCCUAAAUCAAGACUUGCAGAAAGAAGAUGAUUCAAACUUCGAAUCUAUUCUAAACCAAUGUAUGUACCUGUGUUUGUCAUUUGGAAGAGUUGGUGCUGAUAUGAGAUGUGUACUCACACCUUUAUUUCGAAACAACAUCCUCACUCAAUUCCACAAUGGAUUAGACAAAACCGAUAAUCAUUUUGAAAAUCAAAUGAAAUCCUAUAAAGUACCAAGCAUAAAGAAUGUAUCAAGACCAAUUAACGAAAAUGGGACAACUGGUCCACCUGAAAACUUAUUGGAUUACUAUCCUUUAGCUGAAUACUGCAAUGGAUUAUUAACAGUAUUAAAUUCUUUAAGAGUUACUGCGCCUAUGAACAUUGUAAAAGAAGUUUAUAACUCUUUUAGAGAGUCCUUGAAUAAAGCAGUGCAGGUUUUACUUGCAUUCUACCAUAGGGAACAACAAGGGUUCUCAGAUAUUGAAAGGCAGAAUUUUAUUUGUUUCUGUGUUUGCUUUACUGAAGAUUUAAUUCCAUACAUCACAAAGUGCCUUUCACAAUUUUUUCCAUCUACACAGAUUGCUGAACUAUUAGGAGUAACUUUAACAGUUCUCCAGGAGAGCAAAAUUUUGCAAAUAGAUCAAAAUUCAAUCUGUGAACCCUUGAACAGCCUUACAGGUCUAACAAAAUAAAUAAAUUUUUAUGUAUUUUUUAGAAAAUGUUAUUUAAUAAAGUAAUUAAAUGUUAAUAAA